AGACUCACUUUCAGUUUCUCCAAGAAAUCUGUAGGGAUACAUUUUCCCACCUCCAAGGCGUGGAAGUUGGUUGCAAGUAAUCCUAAACCAGUCGCUCCAAAUUUGACUGGAAAUUAAAUAAACGGUGAUCUCUGAGUUCAGUGCUAUAUGUGCUAUACUUCAUUGGGUUUAGCUAGUUUGACAGUUAGCUCUUCCAGCCAGAUGAUGGACCAGAUGUGUUAAAGUAAGGAAAACUCAAGCACUUCCAGGACUUCUGUUGUGCACUUAGAGGCCUAAACAUGUGUAGUCUGACUGAAAGAUGUGCUCAUCAUUUAUUUAGUCUGGUUUCAAUCUUCUUUACUUUAUUGGACAUUGCUUGACUGUUAGCCUAAACCAAAACGCCCAGUCAAAGAAAUGAGAGAGUGGAAAAAUGAGGUUGAUCACACGUCUAAAUCAAAGACCACUGUCUUAAGAAGUGACCAGUCAGGAAGCAUGUGAUCAGUUUGCACGUCUCUCAUUGGUGGGCUGUCUGAACACGUCUAACCGCUAUGCUGAGACGGAAUCGACAACAGAAAGGUUCCAUUGACGUGGACCAAUCAGAUCUCAGGCACAGACAUCCGCUUCAAAGACUCUCACCAUUGUCAGCCCCCAGCUUCAGUCUCUGAGAUGGAGAGAUCAAGAGCUGUGCUCCUCACUCUAAUGUGUGUUUUGAUCUCCAGCAUCUCUGGAAUAGUUGUGGAGAUGAGAGUCAAACCAGGAGACGAUGUCACCAUCUACUGUGACUGUGCUCGACAGAGUGGAUUUAAAAUAGUAUGGGUGAUAAAACCCUCACACGAGCAUCAACCUCCUCUCUUUCAUUUAACUGAGCACUCGACACUUCCACAUUACUCUCAUGUUUGGAACAAGUCCAAGUUGACAUACGAUCUGUUGGUGAAGAACAUCACUGGAUCAGAACUUGGCUUGUACUACUGCGCUCUACAUGAGACCAUGUUUUCUAGAAAUAAGAAUGGAGAUGGAUUAAUAGAGGAUCUUUAUCCUGAUGGGAACAGAACCACUUUCCUCUCUUUCCAGGACACAACGGUUCCUUGUGCCAAUCUCUCCGAAACCCCCUCCACCCCUCCUGUAUCAGACUGUAGUGUCUGCUGGAAGCUGCUGGUCAGUGUGUGUCCUGUGUGUGUUCUCCUCUCCUCAGUGGUCUCCUCCAUCUGUGUGUACUGCAUCUGCACCACCAGAACUAAAGCUGAUCAUGAAGCAGACCAGCAAAGGAAUAUCAGCAUGAGAAAACAUGAUGAGGUUGGAAAUGAUGUAUGCUAUGCUUCACUGGACGUCCCGAGUGGUCAUAAGAAAUGGCUGAAGACGAGGACAGUUGAAAGCUCUGAUUUCUGCACAUAUUCUCAGGUUAAAAUUUGAGAAAAUGUAGAACUUCUGAGGAGUACGCUGGACGAUCAGGAGGUCCAAGAAUGAAGGUACCUCAGUCAUCAAUUUUGGAGUUGACUUUGUUGUGUUCCUCUGUCUUUUCGUUCAGUUAGUAGAUUUUUAACGAUUUAAUGUUCUUGAUUUUUAAAAAACUAACCAUCGUAACUGUUGAGCGAUAGCCAUGUCUUUCCAGGGUAUUACAAAUGUAUUUCAAACAAAGACAAAUUGCUUAUUUUUGGACUUUUUGUCUUCACAUGCUGACGAUGACUUUGAGAGGAUGUUCUCAUAUUUCACUGAAGUUUAAUAAAGUUGAAUUGAAUCCUAGUGAUCAA